GCCUGUCCCUCAUCCUCACGCUCCGGGGCUGUCACUCAGGAGCUGGUGCAGGUGCAGAGCUGAGAUCAGCCGCAGAAGGAAGGAGGACCGGAGCUAAACCACAUUUCAGGAUGGCGUCUGCAAAUGCCACAUAUGGACAGAAGGAGUCCUCAGACCAGAACUUUGAUUACAUGUUUAAAAUCCUCAUCAUUGGCAACAGCAGCGUUGGAAAGACGUCCUUCCUUUUCCGCUACGCAGAUGAUUCAUUCACACCAGCCUUCGUGAGCACAGUGGGCAUCGACUUCAAGGUCAAGACCAUCUACAGGAACGACAAGAGGAUAAAGCUGCAGAUCUGGGACACCGCUGGACAGGAGCGCUACAGGACGAUCACCACAGCUUAUUACAGGGGAGCCAUGGGCUUCAUCCUCAUGUAUGACAUCACCAACGAGGAAUCCUUCAACGCUGUGCAAGACUGGUCGACUCAGAUCAAGACAUACUCAUGGGACAAUGCUCAGGUGCUCUUGGUGGGGAACAAGUGUGACAUGGACGAUGAACGAGUGGUGGCUGCAGAGAGGGGCCGGCAGCUGUCAGAGCAGCUCGGUUUCGAGUACUUUGAAGUGAGCGCCAAAGACAACAUUAACGUGAAGCAGACCUUCGAGCGGCUGGUGGACAUCAUCUGUGAGAGGAUGUCAGAGAGUCUGGACAACAACGACCCGUCUGUCACCGGAACUAAACAGGGGCCGCAGCUCAGCGAGCAGCCCCAGAGGUCCCAUCAGGAUUGUGCUUGCUAAACACAACUACACACGCACGCACACACACACACACACACACAUACGCACACUCUGAUUGCUAUCCUGAAAACCACACACCUUAUUUUUCAGUUUCUCUUUUGCUUUCUCUUUAUUUCUUAUAAGCUCACACACAAAUCACACACACACACAGCACUGCCAUACAGAGUCACACAACCUGGCUGCUUCAAUUCUCCACCCCUCUCACUACAUGAAGAGCACCGUCCACAUGAGUCCACUUUCUCCAGAGGGAAAGAGUUUUCUGAGCUGCUGUCUGAAGGUUUUUGUUCAUUAAAUGUGGUAAUUUAGUCAAAGGGGUGAAGAAAGUUCAACAAAGGUUUCAACAAUCCUGUGCACACACACACACACACACACACACACACACACACACACACACACACACACACACACACACACACACACACACGUUCACAAGGCUGAUACUCCAUCAUUCCCUAUUGACGUGUCUGAAAUGGGGUUUAACUUUAAAAGGUCAUGAAGGGAAAGAUAUUGUCCUCCAGGUCACACUCCGCACCAAACGCCUCAAACCUGAAUGGAUAAAAAAAAAAAUCAUUUGCAGACAUUUAACUUCUAGUCCCAUUGAGAAUAUAUGUUUAUUGCCGUGAAUAGAGUUGAUGUUUCUGUUUAACGUAUUUUGUGUUGGUUGGGUUUGCUUUUUGGAGCAUGUGAAAUCUCUCGUCCUUCCCAGUGUUGAGUUUCUACGGAGAAUUAUGGUCCAAGUCUGACAUCCAAACGGGGUCAUUUUGAAAGUUUACUUUUUAAUUUUAGGGCUGAUUGCAAGAAAAGUCAUGCACAUCAGUUUGUUAGUCAUGUUGCAUUGUUAUAGGAUCCAUUCUGGGCCCCUUCUCAGAUUUUUAAAACCUUUUUAAAACCAGUUUUUGUCCAAUGUAAAAAGCUGCAUAGCCUCUGGGGCUGCUAGAUUAUUAAUUUCUAGUUCUUUUUUUUUUUUACUUUUCUUACUAUUUUUAAGACAAAGAGGAUAAGGGACCUUCAUCACACAGGGAAGAGUGUAUAAAUGUUUCAAAGUGAAUAGAUGUGCAUUGUGAAAUGCAUAUAUAAUAUAAAUACAUAUAUAAUUAACAUAUUAUACAAAUCUGAAUGAUUUAGGAUAUUGGAUUCCUACCUGUUCUUUAGUGCGAGGUGCAUGUUGUUUGUUUUGAACCAGUGAUGGUUGCCUGGAUGCUUGUGUGAGUCGCUGGCUGAAUUUAAAACCCAUCUGUCCGACACUUUCAGCACCAAAUGGGGGCUAGGGGUUUCUCAUGUUAAGCCCACGGCCCCUUCUCAUUAUAUUAACUUUCAUCCAUCCACCACUCACUGGAAAGGCAUGCGACUCGGUGUGAGCGCUGGUACAUCACAGAGCUGCCACCUCCAUCCCCUUCCAGAGAGUCUCUUACAGACUGUAAUCAUAGAUGAUGUUUUCAUCUUUAUUUUGGAGGGAACAUGUUUUUUUUAUUUUAAAUCACGCUUGAUGUCAAAUUAUCAGUUUAAUUUUUCUGUCUGAUGCGAAGGUUAGGGAUUUGUCUGCUCGUGUACAAUACUCUUCAGUAAAUCAUGCGUUCACAGAUGUGCUGAGGCAUGUGGAAACAUUUCAAGUUAUUCCAAAAUAUAACUUAUUUAUUUUGUAUUAUUUAUAACGUAAUUUAUUUUUAAGAUAGUGUUCUGCCUAGAUUAUGCAUCGCUAUCUACACUUGACUUCUUAAUGAGAUGUUCAAUAGUACUCGAUCGCUUAAACGGUUCCAGCUUUGACAUGAGAAGGAGUAUAUUUGUGUUUACAGUGAGUACAAAGCUUGACAUGCUUCCUCGAGAGGAAAAUUCAACAUUCCAGUGUAAAAGCCUCUUUAUCAUGUCCACGAGGCUUUGGAAGCAAGUCUGUUUGUCUUUUGAUAUCAGUUAUGUAACGUUUAAGGCUUGCUGGUAUAGGAGCCGACUGUUUCUCGCAGAGCAAUAGCCGUUGUGACUCUCCACGCCCAAAUGCGAGCGGCGUACAACCCUGCCGAAGGUUUACUGUCCUGCCCUGUACGUGGGUGUGUGUAUGUACAGUUUGUAUAAAGGCGGUGGUAAUAUUUGUUCUCUCCAAAGAGGUCUUGACAAAUACAGUCGGAGCCAAAAAGAGCGCUUGUGGUUACACAUUGUUUGACUCGUACUGACAAACUUGUGCUUUCAUACUCGGCAGUAGCUUCGAAGAGAGGAAAAUGUUUUAGGAAGUAAACUGAAUACGCUCAACAUUUUAUUCCAAAAGUGACGGUUCUUACUGCAUUGGUUCACUUUUGACUUGUCUGUUGAUUUUUGUUUUGUUUUGUUCCUUUAAUUGUUAUGUUUUGCUACAGCUGUAAACUUGGCGGUGACUUACGCAUCGAUCCCGUCCUCUUCCUCCUCCUCCUCCUCCUCCUCCUCUCUCUGUCAUCAGUAACCUCUGUAAAUAGAACUUUUUUCUGACCGUCGGGUAUUAGUUGUGUGAAUUGUGCUGUAAUUCUGUAAUGCCAGAUUUGCUAUAAAUGAGGAAUCAAUAAAGAAAUUUUAAAUGCUGGA